UUUACGGGAACAAACCCACAUUUAACUAAGACGCGCUAGGUUAAAGAUUAAGAAGCAUUUCUAAUUUAAUCGGCGAACUGCCGCUAGGCCCUUCAGUCAACGGGCAGCUGUUUCCCGGGGACCGUUGAUGUGGGAGCACCCUGUGCGUCCGGAAAUGAGUCCGUGUCGAAGGUUUAAAGAGUUUUGUGUUACAAAAUGGAUGAAUAUAAAGCCUGUAACCUCGACUACUUCCCAGAAAACAUUUUAAUUGAUGUGCUGUCGUAUCUGAGCGUUAAAGAGCUCGUCCGAGCUGGCAGAGUGUGUAAGAGAUGGAAACGUCUCGUUAAAGACCAGAGACUGUGGAGACGUGUCGACCUGACUGCGUGGAAAGGGGUGACGUCCCGGAUCCUCUGGCUGCUGCUGCGUCAGUAUCUGGGUUGUGGACUUCGGUGCCUGCGGUUGCGUGGUUUGCUGCUUUCGGCCCGAGGAGGCACCUUUCUCUCCGAGUCUUGGCUCAAAGCUUUGUCCACUAAGUGUCCUCGCCUGAGUAAGCUCUACCUGCUGCACGCAGACCUGCGGACGCUGCCCAGCUGCCAGCUCCUCCCGCCAUCUCUGCACGUGGUGGAGCUGCGUGGCUGCGAGCUUCCUCGUGAGUUUUUUAACCAGGUUCCUCCAGCUGCUCAUCCCCAGGACCGAGCAGAGGCCACGUCCAGUGUUGGCGCUCAGCAGCAAGGAAGGGAUCGGAAAGGAAAAGGUCUCGGGGCUCCGUCAGGGAUCGGUAUUGAGAGGUUAGUCCUGAACAACGUGCCCUCCUUCACAGACCAGCAUCUGCAGAGUCUGACGUCCUGGCAGAAGCUCAGCCGCUUGGAGCUGCGCGACACCUUCCGCGUGACGGCCAACGGGCUCCGGAGCUGCGCUGCCAAGGACGGCGUGUGUGGCGUGGAAGGGCUUUCCAGGCUCAAGUUUCUGGAGAUCGGCAUCACUGAGCGGCAGGGCUACCAGCUGCAGAUGGCGUCCCUCGGGCUGGGGGCCGGCUGGGUGGGGCUGGAGGAGCUGAGUCUGGGGGGGAAGGAGGUGGGGCCCGGGCUGCUCUGCGCCAGCCGCCUCAGAGACCUGAAGGGUUUGUGUCUGUGGGCCUGCACACUCAGCACCAUGCAGAUCCUGAGGAGCUGCAGGAUGCUGCGCGGCCUCCGCCGGCUGGAGUUCCUGGACGUGGUCUUCAGGCCUCGGCCGUGUCCGCCGGUCGGGGAGGGGGAAGGUGGUGCUGGUGGAGCUGGUGGAGCAGAAGAGCAGGACAAUGAGGAAGCUGCAGGUGGAGAUAACAGCAACGAUGAGAACAAAACACUAGACAUGAACGAUCCCAUCCCCAGUUUACGGCGCUCGCUGGCGGUUCUGCUGCCGUCCUGCACGCUGGCGUUCACCAACUGCUCCGUUCAGAUCAAUCCGGACUAAAUCAGAUCAAUCCGGACUAAAUCAGAUCAAUCCGGACUAAAUCAGAUCAAUCCGGACUAAAUCAUCUCUCCUCCUGCUACACAGGCGGCCAUGAUGGAUACAUUACUUUACACACAUGCAAAUGUCAUUAUAUGUAGCGUCAAGGAGUUCAUAAAUGACUUAAGUUUUGAUUGUCUUGUAUAACCGAGUCCAGCUCACCGAGUCAGAUAUGAAUCUUAUUCAUAUAUUCAGACUUUCAUGUCAACAAACUUUUAAAAAAUCACUGACAACACACCUACUGUAUAUUACUGGAGAAAACAAAUGAAACUCUAAUGAAGUAGUUCAUCUUUUUUUCCAUCUCUUCCAGUUUUUAAGACUUUUUUUUCCUCUGAAUAUUUUUUUUAUCUGCCAACCUGAGCAGCCUGAGAAGGAAAAACAGGUUUUUCAACUUUGCAACAAGCCGAUCUUUGGCUUUAAGAUGAGCAGAAGUGACUUAUGAUUCAGGGUGAAGCUUUGUUUAAUAUGAAUAUGUGUGAAUAUCUAUCAAGAUACAUGGAAUACGGUUUGAAGAAAAAAUCUCUUAAGACAGACUUAGACAAGUUUAUAUUGUCUCGUCCUGCUGCUCUACCUUCUGUCAGUUUUUAAACAGUCUUUUAAACUCCGUCACAAUGUAAUAAACACAAUAUGGAACUGUCCCAGCUUUACUGUAAAACAUUAGCAGGUGUAGCUACAGAGGCAGAAAACAGAAAUGUAGCGCUGCACCUGUUUCCUGUUCAUGCUCUUCUUUCAACAUGCAGAUCAUUUCAGGUGGUUUUGGUGUUACAGAACAACAUCAUAACAUAUUUGAAUGAAUCUUUAUCAAGUCCAACUUCUCUUCACUGUGUCUCUCUUUCUCUCUUGUUUUCUGAUAUGACUUUUAGAAAUAAAAACUGUAAUUGUCUGUUUGUGUUCCUGAGAAACACAACAUGAAA